AUGAGGAUGGAUGCUUAUGGGGUCGGAGUGGAGGUAUUGAAAAAGAUAAUGAAGGAGCUGGAGAAGCCAAAUGUCUCAUCUUGGCAAAAUUAUUUUGUUAGACCAACUUCCUGGUUAAUGUCAAGACCUCGUUUUCUAAAUUUAGGACAACCCAUCACCAACGUCAGCAGUAUGAACCCAUCGGCGAACAGGGAAACUGGCGCUGUAAAUGCACAAGGUCAGGUUGAGAGGAGGGUGGACUCAACAGAUUAUAGGUCAUCUGCCGGAGGAGGCCUAGACCAGAAGCCAGUGCAGGUCAUACAUCAGCAUCAUGACUCAUCCCCGGAUUCAAAAACUAGUGGCGGUGUCUUGGCCAAUGCUGCUGCUUCCAUUGCCUCAACCUUAGAGUCUGCCAAGGAGGCUAUCUCUCGGAAGUAA